AUGGGAUCGUCGUCCUCUGAGGACUCAUCCGCCUCAUCUGUAGAUGAGCGGUCUUCUUUGGGGUCUCGUAAGGCGUCAGCCAAGCCUAAAAAGGUUGACAAACAGUCUAUGAAAAAAGCCAAUAAGACUACCAUUGAAAAGAAAGGACAAGGGCCUAUUCGGAGUGGGAGGGAAGAGUGCAUGCACGUCACAUGCUGGAUCCCUCGCUGGUAUCGACAUGUACAUGGAAGCAGAGGAGGCUGCCAAGACCUCAACCGAAUCCGAGGAAGAAGACAUCAAGAGAGAGCAAAAAUAAGCUCUCAGUGUUGUAUGCAGGAAAUCAUCGUCCAAAUUUGCUCUGAGGACGCAAGUCACCUCAAACCCUUCAUAGGGAACUACACGGUUGCCCAACCUGGGGUAAAAGGCCUCGAACCUCCGAUUUUUUUGGAGAACAAGAAGUCCUGUGCUAGGAUGGGCGUGAAUCACCCGCAGCUAGUACUUCAACACAUCUAUACCAGUCCGUCGUCCGCACUCAUUGAUGACGGAGAGCUGUCUGUCACGCGCUCUGACAAUGCAAAAUUGCAUGGCAUGUAUAAGGUCGAGGCCAAACACAUUGCCUAUGCACUUAUUCAGAGUCGCUUUGGCAUCUCGUCGCAUGACAAAUGGCAAGAGACAGAUGGGAACUACAGCUACCGCAAUGCAUACUACCGCACCAUCAAAGCAAUCCAAGAGCUGUUCGAUGAAGCAUGGGCCGAGGAACUUCUGGAAUGGUGGAACAAGGCGAUGUUUGGCAAUAAACGGGGUGUCCCGCUGUUCGAUAUCAGUGACGAGGACGAGGACGAUGAUGACCUUGUUCUAAUGAGGAAGCAAUCUGCAAAAUGUGCUGCAGCGGCACUCAAGGCUGCCACCUCUGUCUCUACCCCAGUCGAAGUCGAGCCUCCUUUCGAUCCUGACAUUUCGACAGUAGUGCCUUCCACGCCUGCUACUUCACUGCCUCCUGAGGAAGAAACCACUGACCCGCAAGAAAAAUCCACUAACCCACAGGAAAAAUACAUCCCUAAACCCCGUCCCGUCAACCCAGCUGAGAAAGUGGCCUGCAAGACCUCGUCUUCUAUGCCUGCCUUGGCGUCUGUCCCCCCUCCGGAGGCUGAUGCUGUUGCUCCUGUGUCCAACAAGGUCAAGAAGCGAAAGUCGGAGGAGUUGGAGGCUGAUGGUGACAGCUCGUUGAGCGAAGUCGCAGGCUAUACUGUUAAUAUUAAGCAUAAUACUCACUUGUGAGAAACAGUCAGGUUUUGUAAGUUCGUCUCUUAGGGCUUCAGUGCCAAUGGUGAUGCUUAAUGCUU